AAGGGGCGGUAACGGGUUCAUGCUGCUGAGUUUUCUCGGGCAGCGGUUGCAGGCGACUGAAGAAGUUGUGCUGAAAUUGCAAACACUUUUUCCCUGGCACUUAGCAGCGAAACUCGGUGAAGAGAGGAGGCAGCAGGUGGAAUUAAUAAAAACCCAAACCACCACUUGAUCAUGGGAAAAUCAGCUUCCAAACAAUUUGCUGAAGAAGUCUUGAAAGCACACAAUGACUACAGGAAGAAACACGGAGUCCCCCCAUUAAAACUCUGCAAGAAGUUAAACAGAGGAGCCCAACAGUAUGCAGAAGAACUGGCUACCACGAGGGUCCUCAAACACAGCUCUGAGUCUGCUAAUGGAAGAUGCGGAGAGAACCUAGCAUGGGCAUCCUAUGACCAACCAGGAAAGGAUGUGGCUGACAGAUGGUACAGUGAAAUAAAAAACUACAGCUUUCAAAAUCCAGGGUUUUCUUCUGGGACAGGUCACUUCACAGCAAUGGUUUGGAAGAACACAAAAAAGAUGGGAGUCGGAAAAGCAUCUGCUAGUGAUGGCUCAACGUUUGUGGUGGCUAGAUAUGAUCCAGCUGGAAAUGUAGUAAAUCCCGGCUAUUACGAAGAAAAUGUCCUUCCUCCAAGAAAAUAACUUUUUUUUUUUUAAAGGUAGUCUUAUUGCUUAAUGACAAGUGAACCUGGAUUUGGACUUAACAGUGUUCGAAAUUAAGUAUGAUGCAAUGAAAUUUCCUGUUUGAUACUGCUGUUCACUUCUCAUUACAGAGGAAGCAAUUACAUGUUGCUUGAGUCGAUCCGCAUGUUAGGUCCCUGUCGUUUCUGAGGGGGCUUCAGUUUAUUUGAGGAUGAAGUAUAUGCAGUAUUUCUGAAGGGUAAAAUUUAUAAGGGUUUUUUUUUAAUAGUUUGCAUGAACUCUGUGUCAGCAUGUGAGUAAGCACAUGUUGGAUGUCUCUUUUUAAACAAGCAAAUUUAUAGCUCUCUGUAAACUGAAGAUACCAGCUUGUAAUUACAUCAUGUACUCCCAGUUUUCCAGUAUUUUUUAAUAACUGUAACUUCUUUGCUCUAUCUAUACCUCCUGCUACUGUGGGGCCUGCUCUCUGCAGAUGGAACAUAUGCAAAACUUCCCGUAUGAAAGGUACAUGUGUAAAAUGUAGUGGCAUUCAGACCUAUAUGUUUUUAUUAAGAGGAUCUCGCAGAACACUAAAAUGUUGCUGGCAAAAUUGUAUCCGUCAAGCAAGCUAUAACUAAGGCAU